GGAUCAAACUACCUAGAAUCUCCUAUUGGUCACUUGGAAAGCUAUGGAGCACCAAAUUUAUACCAGGCUCCUAGACAGCUGGUGGGCUUACCGGAGAAUACUGUGAUGCUUGAUGAAAUGACCCUUCGGCACAUGGUCCAAGACUGCACAGCUGUAAAAACUCAGUUAUUGAAACUGAAGAGAUUACUGCACCAGAAUGAUGAAAAUGUGUCAGUCCAGGACAGCCCACUCUCAGUUCCGUCAAGUCCAGAACCACAUGAACCUGAGUCAACUUUUAAGAUGGAUGAUCUGCUGAAUGAGAUCAGGCAACUUAAAGAUGAACUGAAGAAAAAGGAUGAAACAAUCAACCAGUUAGAGCAUCAACUUGCCACUAGAUGUAAUUGCCGGAAAGACAGCCAAAAACCUAUAGGGACGGUGGGCGCAUAUGUUGAUAAAUUUACGCAAACCUCCUGGAGGAGGAGUACUCCUCAAGUACUACAGCCUUCCAGCAGCCUUCCCAAUUCCACAGACCUCGCCCAGGGAAAACUAAUAAAAAUGCCACAUAUCGAGGCCCACAGUGAAUAUCCUAAACAUGGUCUGCAUGAAAAUAGCAAUCAUCUGAAUCAAAAUGCUGCAAAUAUGUCUCUCACAAAUAGCCUGAAUUACGUAAACUCUUUAAAGAGCAUACAGUUAAACGUAAAAGAUGAGAAUGCAUCAUAUUUGAAAAAUAAAAAUACUGAAGACCCUGGAGGGGUGGCUAGUAAUAAAGAAGGUACAUUACCAUCUCAUUCCUGUUUUCAGACCUCUACACGAGUUGAUGCUAGAGAGGUUCAGACUGCAUUAGCUGGAAAAAAUCAGCCCUCGUUCACAAACCAGGCUUCUCGGCCAAAGACUUUAAGAAUCGCAAAGCCCCCAAAUGCUUUAGUGCCUCCUACGAUGGCUGUUCUCGCACGACCUGCAAAUCAUUCCACUGCUUCCAAGGAACCUGAGCUUCUACCAUCAAGUAGUUUGACUCAGCUACAGCCAACAUCUGGUCGUGAUAACCUAAAGGGUAAACAGAGUCAGAAAGUGUCUAAACUUCGCCCACCAACUAUGUCCUUUGUUAAAUCUAAGCAAAUGAGCAGUCAGAAAUCCACACCAGUGUCUGCAGAGCCUCCAAACACCUGUUUGAAGACUAACCUCCCAAAGCCACCAGUACAGAGAAAGGAAAAUGUGCAAACACAGAAUACCAGUUUGCACGCUGGGGAUAGUUUGCCCUCUAAUUGGCAUUCCCGCCUCCCUAAACCAAAGACACAUUGA